GUGGCUGGUGAUUGUUUUCGCAGCACAAGAAAUUGAUGGGGGAGGAUAUGCAUAUAUUGACCCAUGUCGGGGACAGGAUUGUUCAGUUUGUCGGUGCUUUCCAGAAAAAGGAUCAAGAGGUCAGCCUGGUGAGCUGGGAGCUCAAGGUCCGAUUGGGUCCUUGGGAUCUACAGGACCAGCUGGUCUGCCAGGGGAAAAAGGACAGAGAGGUGAGAAUGGACAGCCUGGGCCAGCUGGAGAAAAAGGUGAUAAGGGAUUACCAGGAAGUGAAGGACCCAGGGGCAGGCCUGGUUUAGAUGGCUGCAACGGCUCAAGAGGCGAUCCUGGAUUUCCAGGCGAAAAUGGUUAUAUUGGACCAAGAGGUCCUUACGGAUAUCCAGGGCAAAAAGGAGAAAAAGGAAAUUCAGUGUAUGUUUCAUAUUUUGGAAAAGGACCUCCAGGAGAUAGAGGUGAUCCUGGACCCCCCGGCAUGCCCGGUAUUCCAGGUUACCCUGGUUUGCCAGGUGAACAGGGAAAUCCAGGUAUUGGAGUGGACGGACAAAAGGGAGAGCCGGGUGACAUUGGACUUCCCGGGCCACCUGGGACACCACUAUUAGUUGGACCUCCUGGAGCUCAGCUGUUCAAAGGAGAAAAGGGCCAAAAAGGACGGCCUGGUGUAACAGGAUACAGAGGGCCACGUGGACCCAAAGGUAAUCCUGGUUCUGAUGGACCUGCAGGUUUUCCUGGAAUGAAGGGGGAAACAGGAUUUGAUGGUUUUCCUGGACAACCUGGCUAUCCAGGCAUACAGGGGGAUCCAGGAGCAAAGGGGCCCCCAGGUCCACAAGGAGAUCCUGGAUUUCCGGGUCCUGCAGGUGCUAUGGGGUCAGUUGGACCAAUUGGUCCUGCAGGCCUGCUAGGAAGACCAGGAGAUGACGGAACAAGUCUGCCUGGUCUGCCAGGAGUAAGUGGGGCACCAGGACCUCAAGGUUUUCAGGGUGACCCUGGUUUCCCUGGAACAGGUGAACCAAUCCCAGGAAGACCUGGAUUUCCUGGACCACCAGGCCUACCAGGGCAGCCAGGAAGACAAGGCUUACCUGGACUACCCAGUGUAAUCUGUACUGACAGAGGCAUCCCUGGAGAACCUGGAGCAAAAGGUCAGAUAGGCCUUCCAGGGAGAAAAGGUGAAAAAGGAGAAAAGGGAAAUCGAGGCCUCUGCUCAUGUAGCGCUGGUCCUCCUGGUCCCCGUGGGAUACAAGGACCUCCGGGUACUCAAGGAAAGAAAGGACAAAUGGGAUACCCUGGAAGACAUGGAGAAAAGGGCGACCCAGGCUCACCUGGUGCAGUGGGAUCACCAGGGCUCCCUGGGACACCUGGUUCUGCUGGACAACAUGGUGAAAAAGGAGAGAAGGGCGAUACAGGAAGAGUUAGAAUAAAAGGAAUAAAAGGUGAAAGAGGUCCUACUGGGGUUGCAGGAUUUCCAGGCCAAAGAGGUAAUGAUGGCGGAGAUGGGGAACUAGGAUUGCCUGGGGAAAAAGGAGCUAAGGGAGAUUCUGGAGUACGACUGCCAGGUGAUAAAGGAUUCCCUGGAGUCCCAGGACUUCCUGGGGUAAAAGGACAGAUGGGAUUGCCGGGUUUGGGGUUUCCUGGCCCUCCAGGAGUCAGAGGUAGCCCUGGAGACUUUGGUGAUACUGGUGAUGUUGGGCCACCAGGUCCAAAGGGACAGAAAGGUGAGACUGUCUACAUUACAUUACCAUACCCUGGAAAUCCAGGUCCCCCAGGUUUUAAAGGUGUUCAAGGACCAAAGGGUUUAAAAGGACUCCCCGGUCAUCCUGGACCAAAUGGCUUUGAUGGGCAAAAAGGCUAUCGAGGCAGGCCAGGGGCAGGAAUCCCUGGGCCAGAAGGCUUUCGAGGCAAAGCUGGUGAUCCUGGUGAUGAAGGUGAAAGAGGAUCUACAGUUGAUGGUAAAAAUGGCCCUCCAGGUCCACCUGGCAUAGACGGUCAGAAAGGUGUUCAAGGUGAUACCACAUAUGGUCCUCCAGGAAUCCCAGGCAACAGGGGACUGCCAGGACCCCCUGGUGCACAAGGAGCAAGGGGUGAUCCAGGCGCUCCUGGGCUUCGAGGCUUACCAGGCUUUAAAGGUCAGAGGGGAGAAAGGGGCCUAGCUGGGCCACCUGGAAUCAAAGGUCUUAAAGGCUCUCCGGGCUCACGAGGUCCUCCAGGUCCUCCAGGCUCCCGAGGACUUCCAGGACUUCCAGGUGAUAAAGGACCACCUGGUUUCCCAGGUCAAACAG